AUGCUUAAAGGGAUAUUUAAUAAUAUAUUUUUCCAGAGAGGGGGAAGAGAGGAAAGUGGAACAGAGUAUAAUCAUAUAGAUACAUUUGAUAAAACUACGAUAUCGAUACCUUCGUGUUCAGAAAAAACUAUUAGCAAUAAGAACAAAAAAAUAUCGAAUAUUCAAAAGGAUAAUAAAGAAAUUAAUGACAAGUCAUCAUCUUCAUCACAACAAAAAAAACGACGACCUGAAAUUGAAGAUGCAGUUAAAUUUCCAUAUUUCUCUCCUAGUAAAUGGGUUGAAAUAACAACGGAAGAAGAUUUGAAAAAAUCAUACGAUGAAAUUGUAAUAGCAUGGCGAAAGGAUGGAUCGGUGGCUUUAUAUGUGCCAAGAGAAGCGAUGAGAAUACGAGCGGUGAAAAAAUUUAGAAAUGGACGGGAUAAAUUUACUGAGCAUAAGAAUAGCCUUGAUGCUUGGAUUUUGUCUUAUGGAGAAAAUAAGAGAAUCAUGAAUCACUUGACAAGCCUACAAAAGACGGCGGUUCUGGGAACUACGUAUUUUGGAGUCCUUGAGGAUGUGAUUAAAAGUUACGUAACGGUUUUCCUUGUGCAAUUCGAUGAUAAGGAUUACAAAGGCGAAAGAACCUACAACGAAUGA